AUGUGAUAAGCGCUAUCUUUUAAUCUCUGCAGUUUUUCAUUAUUGUAUUUAAUCAGUUUUCAAUCAAGAUGGAAAACAUUGUAAUGGACAUUUUCCUCUCUUCAAACCGAGGUCUCCAUGAUAGCAGCGAAGAUAGUAGUUCUGCGGACGAUGAAGCCCUAUUCUUAGAGAUGCUUGGAACCUUUGAACGGCAAAGGCGAGUCAAAAUUCAAGGAUUUGUCGAAAACAUUAUCCCUCAGCUAAUGGACAACGGAUUCCAGGGACACUUUCGCCUAACAAGGGAACAUGUGGAGUUAUUCCUACAAGAGCUGGAGAUUCCUGUCCCUCCCACCCAACGUCCUGGACGUUCACGUCGAUCUCCUCUCAACCGGCUCCUCCUGACUCUGUGGUUUCUGGCAAACAGGGAGUGUUAUAGGUCAACAGCUGAACGUUUUAAUGUGACAGUCAGUAUACUGCUCAUUACGACAUCAAUGAGAUGUUAAUGAUCAUUAGUUUGCAUACCGCGACCCCCCCCCCCNUCACUCUCUUACAAGGAAACUUUUAAAAACAACGUUUGAAUGCUUAGUUUGAGACCAAGGCGGAGACGAAAAAAGCGUGAAAAAUUGUUUACUCCCAAAUCUCUCAAAAAAUGUUGUGAAGUGCGUGGGUAGUAAUCAAAGGGAAGUUCGGAAUGUGAAGGUUAGAUCAGGGAGUGUGAACAGCGAUGCGGGGUUAGGAUUUGACACUCCUAGGGUUGAUUUACCGCAACGCUGCAAAAGUUUUGAAAGAUUGGGGGAAGAAUUGAAAGGAAAUACAAAAGUCAAGAAGCUAAAGUUAAAAAUGGGCAAUGAGGUAAUUAGGCAAGAGAGGGUUCUAGAAAAGGAAGGUAGGGUUGAGAAGGUAUUGGGGGAAGUAACCAGCAAUAGACCAAUGGGGGAUCUGGAUAUGGAAAUUGACAUGUUAGAUAAGACACUGAUUGAAUGUAAACUUGAUGAUGAUGAUAUUGUAGAUGAGGAUUUGUUGCUGAUGGGGAGUACAGAGAGAAUGGAGCUAAUGAAUACAGUGGUGGGUAAGUGUGUGACUUGUGAUGCUAAUAUAAUUGACGUGACGAGUUGAUUCGUAUUGAGAAUUUAUUGAUUGAGGCUUCGGUUCUGUAAAACCUGAGCACCAUCAUUGAUAAUUAUAGUGAUGUUUUUGGCGCUGAAUUUGGGUUUUUAGCUGUUUUGAAAUCGAUUUUUUGUAUCCGACUUUAAAAUCGAAUCGAUUUUUUGUAUCAGAUUUUAAAAUCGAAUCGAUUUUUUUUACCGAAAAUCAAAUUGAUUUCCGGAAAUCGAUUUAUUCGAAAAGAUCGUCAUCCCUACAAGGGAUGACCAAGUGCGACUGGCGUCAAAACUGCGCGAAGAAGCGAUGCUCCAGCAAACCUCAGAACCGUUGCCUACGACUCGUAGGCAACGUCAGAACCUGUUAUGGCAAUUCCCGUCGUCAAAACUCACGAACUUGCUGUGACAAAUAGGUGAGUUUAUUUACCGAAUUAUCACGCCGUUCCGUUCGUUUCGUUCAUGACCCAAUGGGCACCGUCGAUAAUGCCCAAACCCGGAAUUUGCCCGUAACAUAAAUAUAAAACAUUCAAAAUAGAAGUACUUCUUCAAUGAAAAUCUAUCAUCUGACAGCGAGCUUAAAAUGCUUUUGUUUUCAUGGUCGUACCACCAUUACCACCAACUUUUUUCUCUUACUGCUGAAUAUGGAUAAUUUUCAACAUGCCUAAUUGUUUAUUUUUUCUUAUAUAAAUUUAGUUCUUGUCUACUAUUAUUUAAAAAAUCUGUUAUGGUUGUUCAAUUUUGUACUUUAUACUUGUUCUAAGUUUGUUGGUGCUUCCACUCAAGUGUUUGCUUUAGGGUGCAUUUCAAAGCUGUAUUUAUUGUAAACUGUUGUUUUUUCUGUUCAAUAGGUAUACAGUAAUUUACAAGAAAAAAAAAGAAAGGAAAAAACAAGUACUAACAAGAAGAAUACUUGCUAUGAAUUCACAUUCAGCAGCAGCACCGCUAUGCAAAUCCUGAAAAAAAAGUUUGAAUGUGUUCACGAGGGUUACCGCAGGGUCAAAAUGUUGUAGUCCGAUGCGGAGACACUGACGAAUUGAUCAUCGUGCUAGGAAACUCCCCUAGAAUUCCCUCAGAAGCAAAUGAAUGGCUCGACGUAGGGGUUUUCAGCAACGAUUCUCUUCGAUUUUCAAAAGUAGACAAUUUUUUUUCUUACUCGGUGCAGAAACAUGUCAUGCAUUACCAGAUUUUCAUGCAUUUAUACCGGGCAUGAUACCUCAUUAAGUUUCAUCAAAAAAGGAAGAAUCACCGCUAGAGAGAUAUCCGUCUACAUUAAAGUCUCUUGCAAGAUCGAUGCAAAUGAAAUAGAAAAGACACCGAUAAAAUACCAUCAAAACUGAUACUGACAAAAUAGCAUGGGCUAUAAAUGUGUUUAAAUUAAGGAGGUUGAAGAGUGAAGAUACCUGGGAGUUAUUGACCAAAAAUUAGCUUAGAAUUCACAUGUCAAAGCUAUGUCCGCAAAAUUGAAAUCUGCUAUUUAUUGCCUACUUAACCUUCGUAAGUACCUCUCAAAGGAAAAUUUACGCAUGGUUUAUUUUGCGUUAUUCCAAGCUACGGUUACCUAUGGAAUCGAGUUAUACGGUGCAGCCUCCGACACCAUUCUUAAACCGACAGUUACACUAAUGCGAAGUGCAAUUAAAGUUAUACUGAAUCUGCCUAGACGCUACCUGUCUGAGGAACUUUCCUGCCUCCUAAAUGUUCCAACUUUCAAACAACUGUACUUGAAGGGACUCUUAAAACUACUCCCAUCUGAGAUGCCCAACUUACAAUUAGCAAAUAUGUCUCUUUUCAUAGUGUUGUUUUCUAAUGAUAAAUAAAUAAUU